AUGGAUACAGUAGCGAAGGAAAAUCUGCGAGGAAUGGAUGGCCAGAGGAAUAAUAAGAAGAUUGUGCUUUUUGUUGAUACCGUUAGCCCGUUUGCUUAUGAGGCUUAUUGGAUUCUUAGGAAUAACCCUAUAUUUUCACAAUGCGAUAUCGAAUACGUCCCUGUUUCCUUGACAGGAAUUAUAGAAGAAGUUGGGAGUACUCCACCUAUGGCUGUUAAAAAUAAGGGUAAAUGGUCCAACCGACAACGUCUCCGCUGGGCUUCUCUCUUUGAUAUACCCAUUACUCCCAACGUACCCGUGGGCUUUCCACACAAUACACUUGAAAUCCAAAGUGCACUGUGUGUAUUACCAUUUUUGUGCGACAAGAAUGAAGCGCACGAAGUGUUGUGCAAAUGUUUGGAUGCUUUUUAUAAUCUAUAUUGGGUAGAAGAGAAGGAGAUCUCGGCUCCUGGGGUGCUGGAAGAUGUAUUGAGACGGGUGAUUGGAGAGGAAAUGUUGGAGUUAGUUUUGAGAGAGAUUCUGGGGAAGGGAAGGGCUUCUUUGCAGGUGAAUACUGCGAGGGCGGUAGAGGAGGGGGCUUUUGGAUUGCCGUGGAUGGUAUGCACCAACAGCUCUGGCAAAACCGAAGGAUUCUGGGGUGUAGAUCAUCUAGGAAUAAUGGUAGAUUUCUUGGGAUUGGAAAGAAUGGAUACCAAAGCCUGGAAGACACUGAUUUAA